GGAUGCUGGAUAUAUUUGACCUCGCGCGCCACAGCUAUGGAUUUGGCCAAUCCUCUCACUUGUGUCAUGGAUUUGAUGCGACGCCUACCACCGCAAAAGAUUAAUCAGACUUUGGUGGAUUUAAUCUCGCUUACACCAGAACACUGUGAAGAUAUUUUAAGCUCAGUGGAUCAACCGCUGAAGAUAGCAAGAGACGUACAUGCUGAUCGUGACUAUUUAUUAUGUGAUUAUAACAGAGAUGGUGAUUCUUAUAGAUCACCUUGGUCAAACACCUAUGAUCCACCACUAGAAGAUGGAGCUAUACCAAGUGAAAACCUUCGUCAGCGAGAAAUAGAAAUUAAUAGAGCUUUCGAUCAAUACAGAGAAAUGUAUUAUGAAGGAGGAAUAUCUUCGGUUUACCUCUGGGAUAUGGAUCAUGGAUUCGCUGGAGUUGUUCUGAUAAAAAAAGCUGGGGAUGCUAAAUUAGCUAGUGGAUGUUGGGAUUCGAUACAUGUUAUUGAUGUUGUUGAAAGAACUUCUGCUAAAAUAUCUUCAUACAAAGUUACAAGUACCAUUAUGUUAUGGCUUCAAACUCAGCGGGAAUCUGCAGGUUAUUUUAACCUAGGUGGUAGUCUUUCAAGAUACAAUGAGCGUGAUCUUCCUUUGGGAGACUCAGCUGUUGCAAUAACUGAGUCACAUAUUCUAAAUAUUGGACGUCUAGUAGAAGAGGUUGAAAACAAAAUCCGUUCAACGCUCAACGAAGUGUAUUUUGGUACAACUAAGAAUAUUGUUGACUCAUUACGUUCUAUUGUACCUGCCUCAGAAGAGGAGAAACGUCGGCGUUUAGUUCAAGAGGUACACACAGCCUUACAAAAUAAGUCUCAGUUAUAAAUCCGCUUCACUUUAGCACCUUUGGCUCUAAUAAGCGCUAAUAAUGUUUUGAUUUUUCUCUUAUGUACUGCAGUGUGUUCAGUAUUUCAUUUAAACACUUACUAUUCCAUUUUAUGCACUAUUUAGUAGUGUGAUCUUUAUCUGUGUUAUUUGUGAAUUUUAAUGUACUUUGGACUUUCUUAUGCUCAUUAUUAAAAAAAACUUUUGACAUCGGUUGUUCCCCUCUUUGGUUUUUUCUACUAUAUCAUUCCUAUUAAUAAUAUUUCUUGAAAUCAAUUUAAAGGAUCAACCCGAGUACGUCUGUUUCAUAAUCCUGCUUCAGAACUCUCGUUAUGCAAAGCCGAAUCAUCACAGGUCCUUUCUUUCAAUAACACUAGCUGAUAAUAAUGUUUUUGAAACUGUUAUUGACUUAAUUACAUAUUUGGAAUUCGGGAAAAGGUCAGACCAACCAAGUUUCAUUCGAUUUUGUGUAUAUUUUUUCUGUACCUAGUUUUGAUAAACCUCUAGUUAUUGGCUUGUAAUAUUGUUGUGAGGGUAUUUAGGAUGUUUUCGUCACGUUAUUUUGAAUAAAACUAAUUUUUAACAUUUGUUAGAGUAUCGGUUGGACGCACAUCUAUUUCUUAAAUCUCCAUGAUUUUUCUCGAGAGACUUUUGUUGAACUUGAGCUUAAAUUUCAUCCCAAAUGUAUUAAAAUGGAAAUAGAGUAUGUAAACUGCAAAUGAAUUUCAACCUUACCUUCAUCACUUUCUAGUCACAAUUUAGACAGUUGGAGAUGUGGGAUUUUUCCGUAGUAUGGUGGUUAUGUACUCAUUUACUGUCCACAGUUUGACACCGUCAAAAUAAGCGAGUUCUGCAUCCAAAGCUUUCUCUACUGGAUUCCUUUUAGUAGUCUUUUUUC